UGGGCGUGGGCUGCGGCGCGCUCCCUUCUGCCUUUUCCCUUCUGUCUUCCUUUCUCUCGCACAUUGUUCGGUGGCUCCCCACCCCGCGGACGGUUAACCGAUCAAAGAGCCCGGAGCCGGGAAGAGAUCGGGGCGGAACCGGGGGCUCGAGUCGGAGGAACGGGAGCGAGAAGGAAGGAGAGGAUCGACACAGACAGAGUCAUUCGUAACGCUGGAUUUUUACUGUCCGAUUAUACCGCCGGACUACGCACCGGGUCACCGCGAGAGAUUCCCUGGUCCAAACGAGAGCGGGCAAGAUGACGGAAUACAAGCUGGUGGUGGUGGGGGCCGGAGGCGUGGGCAAGAGCGCUCUCACCAUCCAGCUCAUCCAGAACCACUUUGUGGAUGAGUACGACCCCACCAUUGAGGACUCCUACAGGAAGCAGGUGGUGAUUGACGGGGAGACGUGUCUACUGGACAUUCUGGACACAGCGGGUCAGGAGGAGUACAGCGCCAUGCGGGACCAGUACAUGAGGACAGGGGAGGGCUUCCUCUGCGUCUUCGCCAUCAACAACACCAAGUCCUUUGAGGACAUUCACCAGUACAGGGAACAGAUCAAGCGAGUGAAGGACUCGGAUGAUGUGCCCAUGGUACUGGUGGGAAACAAGUGUGACCUACCAGCGCGUACAGUGGACACGCGGCAGGCCCAGGAACUGGCACGCAGCUACGGCAUCCCCUUCAUCGAGACCUCCGCUAAGACCCGCCAGGGAGUGGAGGAUGCCUUCUACACGCUCGUCCGUGAGAUCCGGCAGCACAAGCUACGGAAGCUGAACCCGCCGGAUGAGAGUGGCCAGGACUGCCUCAACUGCCGCUGUGUGGUGUCAUGACCCUGCUCAAAGGAUGGGGAGCGGAGCACAUUUUUGAAGCCAUGCAGCAGAAAGGACUUGAAGGAUUUUCAGGGCGGAAAGCAAAAGGACAAAAAAAAAAAAAAAAAAGACAAAAAAAAAAAAACAACAAAGCUGUGCAAGACAAGCAAGGUGUGACCCUGAGUGACCUUGGGUUGGGGCUGGGGAUUGAGGGAGGUUUGCUCUGUCAAGAUACCCUCCUCCCCCCAUUUGAGUCCUGUCUGGCACCUCUACUAGUGACUCCUUUCCAGGGCGCUAUCUCUGGACAAGUUCGGGAGCUUUUGCCUACGACAAUAACUUAUAACAUUGCAGUCACAACACUGGCGAACGUCUGUCCCACCCACAGCACUCCGUUAGAGAGACGUGGGCCACUGCGGUCUCUCUGACAGCCUCAAGUCUCCGCAAACAGUCAACCGUCACCUCGAAACGGUCAAAAACAGGGUGGAGGGGCUCAAUGGAAUCAGGUGGCCCCCUUGGGUGUUCUUUGUAGUUUAUUCUUAGCAGAAAAGUAGUUUCUCUUGGUGACCCCACCCACCACGUGCGGCGGAGCACGUUUCUCGCGGGCGUGCCGUGGCGCGUAGCGGCGACUCCGAUGCCGGCGGACGAGCGAGAAAGCGAGCGAACGAGGAUGAUGCGGCGCCUCGCGAUUUUGAGUCUGCGCACCGCGGGAGGCCGGAGAACACCCGAGGCUGUACGCGUGUGUCAGCGGCGCCGUUGGCCGUUUGCGGAGGAGCAGAGACGCCCUUUAGGAAGACGGGCCCGCGGCCCUCUUUUCGGCGGCGUCCUCAAGCGUGGGAUUUCUCAGCGUUAUUUUAAAAUCUUCUCGUCUGCUCGUUUUUCUCAUUCUUCAGAAUUUCUGCUUUAUUUCUCGGUAAUGUUAGGGAACGGAACGGCACAGAACCGGGACGUACGGACAUUGGGACAUCGUCUGAUGCGACAGUUUCAUCUCUUGGAUUGUUUUUAAUCCCUUCCUUCUGCGUGACUUAGUUUAGUCUAUGGGAAAUAAUGUAUUUCCUGGAUAGUUUUUGGAAAUUGGUGGCUGCUUGGAGACUGUAUUUUAAAUUAUUAACAUGUCGGUCACCAGUGUGUUCUGUGAAAGAUCAGGAUUUAUGGGAGGAAUGAUGUGACAGGUUAUCUUGCAAAAUAACCGAUUGCAGCUCAGGCCUCAGUCCUCAUUUUGCAUCUUUUAACAAAGCUGGAGUCCGAGUUUAGCUCUAGUCGGCAGUUGCGUUUGUGAGUUGUGUCACUUUUCGCUCUUUUCGGAAUCCCUAAUGUGGGUCUGGAAUUAAGGAAUCCGUGGUAGGAGUAAUUCUCACCCACUUUCAGAGAUUGUGAAACACAAUGUGUCUUCCAUUCGCUGUAGAAAUGAUUUUUCCCUCAACCAGUUCGAAGAAGCUCCGUGGUUCAGUCGGGAUUUUUUUUUUUCUUUUCCAACUGGCCAAAAACAAAACAAAAACAAGUCUGAGCUGACUGACAAGUGUAUUUCAAUGAAGAUGACACCUUUUGGUUUCUGCAUUUAUUGCUAAUUGGUGACAGCACACAUUUUUCCUUCAGCUGCGUAUGGGAAUUGACUCAAGAUUUGCCUUAUGUAACAAAUUUAUUUUGACUUUUAAAAUUGAUGUUAAUGCUAUGAGUCCAACUCCCCAGAUUGCUCAAAGCUGAAUACUGCAGUUUUUUUUUUUUUUUUUUCUUUUUCUUUUGUACACAUCGGUAAGGCAAAGAAAAUCAUGUAUGGGUACUGAUUUAAUCUAGAUGAAUAUAAGAGACACAUUCUAACCUAAUGAAAAGCAAAAAAGAAAAAAAAAAAUCAGUAGCUUCCUACAUGUAACAGUAGUGAAGAAAUAAAUCAGGUGUGUGUGUGUGGUUUUCUCUGUACCACCCUAACAGUAAUCCCCAUAUACUCAACAUUGUUUUUUUUCAGCUUGCUGUGUCUGCAUAGUUCUCACAUGUCUAAAUGUAGCUUUAGUCCUUAAAGUGUCUCUUUCAGUAUGGUAAUUAUUCACCGAGCUCCUUCGCUGGGUGGCAGUGUACUGUAACCUGUGGAAAUCAGGAUCUGGAUUCGUUUUCCUUUUUAAAUCUCUCUCCAGACGUGCUACGUGUAAGCAUCUUACCUCCUCCUCAGUGCAACGCCAAGAUUACGUUCACCUUUUUUUAUUUCUGCUGUGAGGGGUUAGGGUUCUUCUUAACUUUCUGCUGCUACGGUUCG